UCCUGCAGUCAGAGGACGCAUGAGAGCUGAGGACAGUCGGAACAAACUGAAGCAAAGAAGGUGUUAAAGUCAGUCUACCUCCCAGAGUGACCAUGAGAGUCCUCCUGCUCAUCUGCAUGCCAGUUCUGCUGCUCGCCCAGGCUCAGUACCAGGAACCGUUUCCUUUUUUGGAGGACUAUGGGCCGGAUUAUUUUCCAGAGAGUCCAGACUCCGUCAAUCCAGACUCUCUUCCUGGAACCUACCAGCAGCAGGUUCGACUCCAGCCAGUGGUCCGUCCAGAAAAAUCAGGGUCCGAUCUGGAGACGGAGCCCACAGAGCCCGGCCCUCUUGAUUGCAGAGAGGAGCAGUACCCCUGCACCAGACUCUACUCUGUUCACAAGCCAUGCAAGCAGUGCCUGAACAGCCUCUGUUUCUACAGUUUGCGACGGGUGUAUGUCAUCAACAAGGAGGUUUGCGUGAGGACUGUGUGCGCACAUGAAGAGCUGCUCAGAGCGGACCUGUGUCGUGAUCAGUUCUCUCGCUGCGGCGUGGCAGCGCUGAGCGGCCAGUGUGCAACACUAGGAGGAAGCUGCGGGAAGAGCUGUGGUGGCUGCUGAUUGAGUACAGAGAUCAGGGACACUACCUGCCCAAAUACUGCCGCUUUUCUCUACCACUCAUCCUCUGACUCUGUCCUCCUCCUUCCUCCUCACACCUUCUCCACACUCCGCCUUUUGACUCUUCCUGUACAACUUAUUACUCGUGUGCGAAAAGCACUUUUUUUGGUCGUGUUUAUCUUUGUCUUUCCACAUGUAUGUCUGCCCAGUAGAUCCUGUGUGUAUGGAUGAAUAUACUCCAACGAACAUUGAUGAUUGUAUAAAUCACUGGUGCUAUAAAAUCAUCACACUGGUGCUAUAAAAACUAUUAGAGAUGCACAUAAAACUGCGAAACAUCUUUUUUCUGUUUUUUAUUUUGUUGUUUAUGGCAUAUUGUACCGUAUUAAUCUGAUAUGUUACUGUACUUGAGUUGGAAAGCAGUCAUUCUCAUGAUGAUCACCUUAUGGAUGGUGGCCACCGUGCACUGACAUCAGACAAAAAUAUCCAGCCAUGAUAGCUCAUGAGAUGUGUGAAGAAACAGGUGGUGAGUGACCUCAGUUUUUGUACUACUGCCACCUGGAUCUGCGCUUAGCAACCAAGCAGCAAGCUUAUAUAAAUAUAUUGUAGUGGCAACAAGUGCUUUAAAAAGGCAUCUCACAAACGGGCCUCUGUACUACUGCUUUGUAAAACUGUCACUAUAAAGACUGAGAAAAAAAAAUAAACUUUUUUUUUUACUACA